AUGGAAUCGAAAGAUACAACCAGUGAAAUGAACGCAUCACCUGGAAAAAGCCAGCCAAGUAUUCAUUGCAGCCAUCUGAAUGAAAAAAUGCCAGUGGAAGGAAGCUAUGCUAUAUGGAAUAAUCGUGGAGGAUCAGGAAAAACCAAUUUAACUUAUCAUUUAGCGAUUAAAUAUGCAUAUCGAAAUCCGGAUAAAACCAUUCUUGUCAUUGAUAUGUGUCCACAAGCUGAUCUCAGUCAUGCCUUUCUUGGUGACGACGAAGAAGGCCAUGAUUAUGUCUCUCAGAUAGGUUCACUCAAAAAAGAUCCAAUGAUACUUGACGGACAGCAACGUAUACCACGCACGGUCGCGGGAUACUUAGAUUUAUUCACGUCAGUCGGAUUACCUACAACAGUGGACCCGCGAACAUUUCUUUUCAACGUGUCGAAAUAUAAUCAUCAAUUACCUCGCAAUGUGUAUCUUUUGUGUGGCGACACUUCACUGGAAUUACUAGGUAAAGCAAUGGAUUAUAAACGUAGCGCCAGUUCGAUAAGUCCAUAUACGAAUCCAUGGCGAACGAUCACGCAGAGUUUACGCGCAUUUGUACAGAAAAUUGGCGAGCGUCGUGGAAUCAAACUGAUGACAUUUAUCGACACGAACUCAUCGUUUAGCAUUGCAACUGAGAUUGCAUUGACUGCAGUUGACAGAAUCAUUCUACCUGUUAGUGAGGAUCAUCUGCAUCGCAAUGGUUUUGAAUAUCUUUUUAGUCUUCUUUAUGGUUUCUCUCAACCGUCCAGUAUAUAUUAUUAUUAUCGACAUUAUAGUUUCUAUUAUCGUGCGGAUGAAAACGGUGUGAAGAUCCCGAAGAUACAUCUGAUUCUAUGUCGGCCAUCGUCGAUUAAUAAAGAUUUGAAACUAGGUCUCGGAAGUCAAUCGUUUCCCAAAGCCGAAGAAAUCGAGAAAUGUUGGCGAUUUGUUUACGAUGUCUAUAUUAAACAUCGCGAUGCAUUUGAAAUUCAUUCGAAUACAAAGGGUUCGUCGUCACUGAACGUCUCCUCGACAUCGAUCGAUUGUCAAUCAACUAGUUUAUUGAAUAAUCACACUCAUGCGUCAUCCUCUCCAGAAACAUUCGAAGAUUUCAUGCGACAGUAUGUCAUCAACAUCAGCCAUGAAAUCAAUACAGUUUCCCGACUUGCUGUGAAAUCUCAUUCACCACUAUUAGCUGUUAGACACCCUCACCAUUCACAUGAACAUCAAUCAACUGCACAAACGUUCGAUAAAACAUUGAACGAGAUCGUCGAACGCAUUUAA